CAGCUCAGCAUCAGUGGUGAACUCCACUCCACUCCAGUCCUCGCAGCUCAUACUUGGAGCACAUUUUCGAGUUCGCUCGGCCAACAUGGUGAACAGCCGCAGUCUAGCCCUCCUGGCAAUGUUCGCCGUGGUGCUUGCAGUAUCAAGCUCGGUGACAGCAGCCGACUAUUAUGAGACCGAGUUCGUCAAUGAGUAUAGUCUGGAUAUCGAUGUACAGCUAGCCUUCUCCUCCAAGGAUUACUACCGAUACAAGGGAGUCGACGAGUUUACAAUUCAUGGUCAAGUGUCAAGAGUGAUCUCCUACUCGUUACAGAAGGUUUUGAACAUUUUCGACGUCCGUGCGCUUCUCUGGGAGGUCAAAGCAGUCGUUGAUGGUGAGCUCAAGCACGCGUUCGUUUUGGUGCCAUUUGAUGCCAAAGUGGUCAUCACCGUCAGAGCAGCUGGUCCUUGUGCGGAUGUCUAUGUUAGUAGCAAGAUUUCUCAUCGACCUAUUCUCGUCGGUCGCGCUUAUUUACACUAGGCCACUUGUAGGAAAAAUAGAUUUGUAGACUCGACGCAUGUAGCGGAGAAAAUUCAAUUUGAGGUCUCUAAGAGAAUUAUCUGGAUUUAAAGUGUUUGGAUCCCAGAAUGAAGUUUCCAAUUUGUAAUAAGAUUGUUCCGUU